AUGUUUUCUAUUUACUUUUUUCUUAUUCUUUUUACAAGUAUUAUUUGUGAAGAUUUCUAUUCAUUUACAGUCAAAGACUGGCAAGGAAAUGAUGUUUCAUUAGAACAAUAUCGUGGAAAAGUUACAUUGGUUGUUAAUGUAGCAAGUGAAUGUUCAUUUACUGAUUCCCAUUACGAAGCUCUUGUUGGCAUUCAACAAAAACUUAAUCGAGGUAAUCGAAAUAUUUUUCAAGUUCUUGCUUUUCCAAGCAAUCAAUUUGGUAAUCAAGAACCAAAUGAUGAUAUGAAAAUUCAAUUGUGGGCUGCAGAUAUGUUUGAUAUCAAUUUUCCCAUAUUUGCUAAAGGUGCUGUUAUAGAGCAAGAUAACGAAGUUGAAGAAUUACCUGAAAUUUGGAAAUUUUUAAGUGAAAAAUCUGAACCACCAAUGUGGAAUUUUUGGAAAUAUUUAAUUGAUCCAAAUGGUAAUGUUAUCAAGGCAUAUUCAUCAGAUAUAAAUAUUCGUCAAGUUUAUCCCGAUAUACAAAAAUUACUUCUUAAGCAUAAAUUACUUGAUAAACCAGAAUUAUAA